GAUCUUUAGCAUCUGUCCAGAAGAAAUUCUUCUCUACUUAGGUAUCAAACUAUUUUGCCUUCAUCUGCCUGCUAUGCCAAACUCACAGUGAACAGAAGCCUGCCAUAAUGAAGUUCCCCUUUUUACAGGAACGAAUGCAGGAACUUGGGAACUGAGCUGUGCAAGUGCUGAAGAAGGAGGUUUGUUUGGAGGAAACAGGAAAGAGAAAGAAAAGGAAGGAAAAAAUACAUAAUUUCAGGGACGAGAGAGAGAAGAAAAACGGGGACUAUGGGGAGAAAAAAGAUUCAGAUUACAAGGAUUAUGGAUGAACGUAACAGACAGGUGACAUUUACAAAGAGGAAAUUUGGGUUGAUGAAGAAGGCUUAUGAGCUGAGCGUGCUGUGUGACUGUGAGAUUGCACUGAUCAUCUUCAACAGCACCAACAAGCUGUUCCAGUACGCCAGCACCGACAUGGACAAGGUGCUGCUCAAGUACACGGAGUACAACGAGCCGCACGAGAGCCGGACAAAUUCAGACAUCGUGGAGACGUUGAGAAAGAAGGGCCUUAAUGGCUGUGACAGUCCAGACCCUGAUGCAGACGAUUCAGUAGGUCACAGCCCUGAGUCUGAGGACAAGUACAGGAAAAUUAACGAAGAUAUUGAUCUAAUGAUCAGCAGGCAAAGAUUGUGUGCAUUGAACAAGAAGGAAAACAAAGGCUGUGAAAGCCCCGAUCCCGACUCCUCUUAUGCACUCACCCCACGCACUGAAGAAAAAUACAAAAAAAUUAAUGAAGAAUUUGAUAAUAUGAUCAAGAGUCAUAAAAUUCCUGCUGUUCCACCUCCCAACUUUGAGAUGCCAGUCUCCAUCCCAGUGUCCAGCCACAACAGUUUGGUAUACAGCAACCCCGUCAGCUCACUGGGAAACCCCAACCUUUUGCCACUGGCCCACCCUUCUCUGCAGAGGAAUAGUAUGUCUCCUGGUGUAACACAUCGACCUCCGAGUGCGGGUAACACAGGUGGUCUGAUGGGUGGAGACCUCACAUCCGGUGCGGGCACCAGUGCAGGGAAUGGGUAUGGCAAUCCCCGAAACUCGCCAGGUCUGCUGGUCUCACCUGGCAACUUGAACAAGAAUAUGCAAGCAAAAUCUCCCCCACCCAUGAAUUUAGGGAUGAACAACCGUAAACCAGAUCUCCGAGUUCUUAUUCCACCAGGCAGCAAGAAUACGAUGCCAUCAGUGAAUCAAAGGAUAAAUAACUCCCAGUCUGCUCAGUCAUUGGCUACCCCAGUGGUUUCCGUAGCAACUCCUACUUUACCAGGACAAGGAAUGGGAGGAUAUCCAUCAGCCAUUUCAACAACAUAUGGUACCGAGUAUUCUCUGAGUAGCGCAGACCUGUCAUCUCUCUCUGGGUUUAACACUGCCAGCGCACUUCACCUUGGCUCAGUAACUGGCUGGCAACAGCAACACCUACAUAACAUGCCACCAUCCGCCCUCAGUCAACUGGGAGCUUGCACUAGCACUCAUUUAUCUCAGAGUUCAAAUCUCUCCCUGCCUUCUACUCAAAGCCUCAACAUCAAGUCAGAACCUGUUUCUCCUCCUAGAGACCGUACCACCACCCCUUCGAGAUACCCACAACACACGCGCCACGAGGCGGGGAGAUCUCCUGUUGACAGCUUGAGCAGCUGUAGCAGUUCGUAUGAUGGGAGCGACCGAGAGGAUCACCGGAACGAAUUCCACUCCCCCAUUGGACUCACCAGACCUUCGCCGGACGAAAGGGAAAGUCCCUCAGUCAAGCGCAUGCGACUCUCUGAAGGAUGGGCAACAUGAUCAGAUUAUUACUUAAUAGUUUUUUUUUUUUUCUUGCAGUGUGUGUGUGUGCUAUACCUUAACGGGGAAGGGGGGUCGAUAUGCAUUAUAUGUGCCGUGUGUGGAAAAAAAAAAAAGUCAGGUACUCUGUUUUGUAAAAGUACUUUUAAAUUGCCUCAGUGAUACAGUAUAAAGAUAAACAGAAAUGCUGAGAUAAGCUUAGCACUUGAGUUGUACAACAGAACACUUGUACAAAAUAGAUUUUAAGGCUAACUUCUUUUCACUGUUGUGCUCCUUUGCAAAAUGUAUGUUACAAUAGAUAGUGUCAUGUUGCAGGUUCAACGUUAUUUUGUAAAUAGACAAAAGGAAACAUUUGCCAAAAGCGGCAGAUCUUUACUGAAAGAGAGAGCAGCUGUUAUGCAACAUAUAGAAAAAUGUAUAGAUGUUUUGGACAGACCCGGCAAUGGGUGGCCAUGGGUAAAUAAAUGUUAGGAACAGGCCAGGUCACCUAACAUCCCAAGAAUGCUCACAAACCUGCAGGCAUAUCAUUGGCGUAUGGCACUCAUUAAAAAGAAUCAAAGACCAUUAACAGAGGACCAUACCUAUUUAAAAAAAAAAAAAUGUGGAGUUUGAGGGCUAACGUAUUUAAUUAAAUAAAUAAAUAAAUCGGGGUCUGCAUCUCUUAUUAAAUAAAAAUAUAAAAAUAUGUACAUUACAUUUUGCUUAUUUUCAUAUAAAAGGUAAGACAGAGUUUGCAAAGCAUUUGUGGCUUUUUGUAGUUUACUUAAGCCAAAAUGUGUUUUUUUUUUCCCCCUUGAUAGCUUCGCUAAUAUUUUAAACAGUCCUGAAAAAAACCAAAAAGGACUUUUUGUAUAGAAAGCACUACCCUAAGCCAUGAAGAACUCCAUGCUUUGCUAACCAAGAUAACUGUUUUCUCUUUGUAGAAGUUUUGUUUUUGAAAUGUGUAUUUCUAAUUAUAUAAAAUAUUAAGAAUCUUUUAAAAAAUCUGUGAAAUUAACAUGCUUGUGUAUAGCUUUCUAAUAUAUAUAAUAUUAUGGUAAUAGCAGAAGUUUUGUUAUCUUAAUAGCGGGAGGGGGGUAUAUUUGUGCAGUUGCACAUUUAAGUAACUAUUUUCUUUCUGUUUUCUUUUACUCUGCAUACAUUUUAUAAGUUCAAGGUCAGCUGUUAAAAGGAUAACCUGUGGGGUUAGAACAUAUCACAUUGCAACACCCUAAAUUGUUUUUAAUACAUUAGCAAUCUAUUGGGUCACCUGACAUCCAUUGUAUAUACUGAUUGGUUUCUUUCAUGCUUUCUUUUUGUUACUUUUUUUUUUUUUUUUUGCAUUUUUUUCAAAUGCAGGGCCCCUUUCUGAUCUCACCAUUUCACCAUGCAUCUUGGAAUUCAGUAAGUGCAUAUCACAACUUGCCCAUAUCCUAAACCAUCAGGUUGGUUUUCAGCCUAGAAUUUGAUAUGCUUUUUAGAGAUACGCCCAGAGUAGAGAAGCUCUGUUGUGGCACAUGUCCUGCAAAUAUGGCCCUAGAAACAAGUGAUAUGGAGUUUACUUGGUGAAUAGGUUAUAAAUUCCCACAGAAGAAAAAUGUGCAAGACUGGGUGCUAGACAAGAAGGAAGCAGGUAAAGGGAUAGUUGCUUCGUCAUCCAUUGCCAAUUAUUUUAACUGACCCUCAACCAUCUUGUCAGCAAUAUAGGACUGUUGAACAAUCCUGAUGUGUCAGGACCCCCAAAUGUCACUUCUGCAUAAAGCAUGUAUGUCAUCUAUUUUCUUCUUCAAUAAAGAGAUUUAAUAGCUGUUUCAAAAAAAAUCCCAUUGAAGAACCUCUCUAUGUCCCUUUUUUAAUUUUUCAAGAAAAUAUGAUGACUCUUGUCUAAUAUUCAUCAAUAGGGAUUAAUUUUCAGACCCUUUAAAAAGUGAGUGCCAUAAAAAAAAAAAAAAAAGUUAAUACGUAUCGUUAAAAAGAUGUUUCAGUCCAGGAAUAAUUUUCCUUCUCUUGGAAUGUGAA